CACAUUAAAGCCCAUCCUCCCCGAAAAAUAAAACAGAAUCAAUACAUCAGUAAAAAAGCCCAAGAAAAUGCAUGAGUAACCAAAACCCUAACCCUAUAAACACCCCUCGUAAAAAUUCUAAUUCGCACACUUUACCCUAUUUCCGCCCAACCCCCAUUUUCACACCCACUUUCUCUCUCCUCCUUCCGCCGUCGCUCCCUCUCUCUCCAAAAUGCCGCCGAAGCUCGACCCAUCCCAAGUCGUCGACGUCUUCGUCCGAGUCACCGGAGGUGAAGUCGGAGCUGCGAGCUCACUCGCCCCCAAAAUCGGACCCCUCGGUCUUUCCCCGAAGAAAAUCGGAGAAGACAUUGCCAAGGAAACUGCUAAAGAUUGGAAGGGUCUUCGUGUUACAGUCAAGCUUACUGUUCAGAAUCGUCAAGCUAAGGUUACUGUUGUUCCUUCUGCUGCUGCGUUGGUUAUCAAGGCGUUGAAGGAGCCUGAAAGAGACAGGAAGAAGGUGAAGAAUAUCAAGCAUACUGGUAAUAUUUCUCUUGAUGAUGUUAUUGAGAUUGCUAAGAUUAUGAAGCCUAGAUCUAUGGCGAAGGAAUUGAAGGGUACUGUGAAGGAGAUUUUGGGGACUUGUGUUUCUGUUGGGUGUACUGUUGAUGGGAAAGAUCCUAAGGAUUUGCAACAGGAGAUUGCUGAUGAUGAGGUUGAGAUUCCGGAGAAUUAAGGGUUUUUUUUUUUUUUUUUUUUUUUUUUUUUUUUUUUGAUUUGGGUAAUUUUGAUUUUUGAUGGAAUCCUUGAUUUUGGUUUUUAAUGAGGUAAUUGUUAUGAUUAGGGUUUUGAUGGAUGAGUUUUGCAGAAAAAUUAUGUUAUAUUUUGAUAAUUUUGAGUAUGGAUAUGUUUUUCUCCGUCAUCUCCUUUUUAUAAUUGCAUAUGUUAUCAUGGAUUUUCUUGGGGAUCAUUAAUACAGUAGUUUUGUUUAA